AUCGAAAAAACACGUAAAAUGACUUUGAGUGUGGUUCUUAUAUUGCUGUUGGUGAGUGAUACAUUUGCAUCACCGACAUUUCUAGAUCGUGUGAUGAGAAAACGCCAAAGAAAUUCUUUGGAAAAUUUACCCUGCAUGUAUUCAAGAUAUAUGUUACACUAUUUUAACUUGAAUGGAAUUGUUUUUAAAAAUAAAUUUGGAGUAACUAUUGAUGACGAGAGUGAUACUUCCGCGAGUCCAGAAGAACUUUUGAGCGCCUUAGAAUUUUAUGAUAACCAACUUAGGUCUCAAGGAAAAAUCGUUUUAGCUAUGCUCCAUGAACUUAGAAUCACACAGAUAUCACCAAAACCACCGAAAGUUCUAAUGCAAGUAAAUUUGUACUUAAAUAACUUGUCAAGGACUACCCGCGUGAACGUUCAGGAAGCACAUACGACGGAACCAAAUUAUGUAAGGGGAUACAAAUUCUUUUAUAAGAAAAUUACAGAAGCGCUUAAAAAUAAAAUAGACCGUGAUUGCUAUGUUAAAAAAGAUCCCAUAGUUCAGGACAAAGAAUACGAGGAACCAAAAUUUGAAGUUAUCAAUAAAUUAUUGGCAAAAGAGUGGCCAUUGAAAACGGACGGUUUAGCGGAAGUUUUGUUGAUACUUGAUCAUAACAAAAUAGAAUUGGAAAAAUAUUUUCAGUCGACGUUCGAUACGGGAAUUUGUAAUGACUUUAAACCCGAAAACUUGCUAUUCAUGUCAUUACUGGAACCCGAAGUCGAUUAUUUGAAUACUGUGUCCAAUAUAGAAAUGUCAACGAAUCUAGCCAGCAGUAGUAAUGAAUUAAGUUUGGAUACAUCAUUAUUCCCACGUAAUGUAAUUACUGAAUAUAAAAUCAACGGAGCUUAUGCGAGUAUAUAUGACUUAUUUAUUCUGACUCGAGCAAGCUUCGACCAAAACAACGUUAUUUCAUUCCAGCAACAUGUAUGUGCCGCUGUUUUAUAUCCGUUUUUUAUACGCAUUCACACAUAUUUUCGGAUAAAUAAAAAAUAUCGGGGGGGUGGUAAGUUUGAAGUGAAAUUCGUGGCCGUAGGCAAGAAACUACUCAACACUUUUAAGUCUUUGAUUGAACUGGAAAUUUUUCCCAAUGAUUUGCAAAAUUUCCUAAAUACUAUUUUCUUCAAUUUCAAUGCUCUGGAAACUAGUUGUACUUAUAAAUGGGAAAAUAGAGUAAAGGAGAUGACAUUUAUUUCAGAUCGUAUUUUAAAACUAAUGAAUUUAUAUAACCUUAAAUUUUCGAUUGACGAUAAGUUCGAUAUUAAACAUGAUAAUGAUGCCUAUGUAAACAAUGAGCUCAAGUUUCUUGAAUCCACAAUCAAUAAUCUUGAAGUUUACGUUCAAAAUUUAAAAAUAUUAAAACCUGCAUUAAAAAAAGGACUCGCAAUUGACUCCUAUGACGGAAUGACAAAAUCAGAUCCUAUAGACAUACGAAAUACGCAAGAAUUAGGUUAUGUUGUAGUCAAAAACAAGAUUGACGAACCUCUUACAAUCCAAAUUAUUAUUACACCAUAAUUAUACUAAUUUAUCUUGAGAGUACUGAAAUUAUUUUUAUUGUAAUAAUUUUGUAGCU